AGGGAAAAUAGCAUUCAUUAGUUUGUCAUCACCGUAGUUCGUUGUGAAUUUAAUGUGUGUUAUUUUUGAUUUGUUUUACGAUUAAUUUGGUUUAUAUUAGUUAUUAAUUCGUUUACAAAUAAUGUGGGGAAAGUAAUUACCUUAUUAAAUUAACGGAUAUAUUACUAUAAGAAAACUAUAGAGAAAUCUCAAUGAGUCCCAAAGGGAUAUCGCUAUGCGACAUGUACUUUUUGCCGCCACUUAAACAAUGUGUCUUUACGGCUGUGCUUCUUACGCUUUUGUGGAAUUCAAGCACAGUCGCUGCGCAGCAGGAUACUUAUUACAACACACAACAACAACAGCAAUCACAGACUUUCAACCAAAACAAUCCACAAAAUUCCUUCCCAGGUUCUCAAGGCUACGACGAUGCGAAUCAACGCUUCAAUACUGAUGCUUAUAACCCUAAUCUCAAUCAAAAUACAAAUACAAAUACAAAUACUCGUUACCGCACAGAUAACUUCAAUGAUUUGCCAAAUGAUGAGCGUCCAAACACCAGCUACGGCACUGAUGAAGACUUGAAUUUCGGCCGUGGUAAAACGUCAUACAAUGUUAAGGCCACUUUCCUUGAAUCUUUCCACUCACGAGAGCCAACUUAUUUCAUUGUAUCAUCGCGUAUGGUACGACCCGGUCUUAUCUAUAAAGUGGCCGUAUCUAUAUUGCGUGCUCAGUACCCAGUUACGGUGCAUGCUAGUAUUUCGUGCGAUGGUGUGCAAAUAAGUGGCGAUUCCAAGGAUGUGAAAGUGGGCGUGCCUGAGACCAUGCUUAUGCGUGUGCCACCAACUAGCGUGGCUGGAGAAUACAAGCUGCGAGUAGAGGGCUUUUACCAGGACAUUUUUGGUGGUCUGGCAUUCCUGAAUGAAACACGCUUGGACUUCUCACAGCGCUCGAUGAGUAUAUUCAUACAAACUGAUAAACCGUUAUACAUGCAAGGCGAAACGGUGCGUUUCCGUACAAUACCGAUUACUACCGAGUUGAAAGGUUUCGAUAGUGCAGUUGAUGUUUACAUGAUGGAUCCAAACAGACAUAUUGUGCGACGCUGGAUAUCACGUCAAUCAAAUCUUGGCUCUGUUUCUUUGGAGUACAAACUUUCUGAUCAGCCGACUUUCGGUGAGUGGACCGUACGUGUUAUUGCACAAGGACAGGUGGAAGAAGGACAUUUCAGUGUGGAAGAAUAUUAUCAGACCCGAUUUGAAGUUAAUGUGACAAUGCCGGCAUUUUUCUUCACCACCGAUCCCUUUAUACACGGACGUGUUAUGGCCAAUUUCACUAGCGGUCAUCCAGUCCGUGGCAAUCUUACGUUGAAAGCUACUAUUCGACCUAUAGGCUACUUCAGUAAUCAGGUUUUGAAUGAAAAGUUCCGUCUGGGUCGUUCGCCCACCGAGGAAGCUGCACGACACAUACAACACCAACAACAAAUGUAUUAUAAUCAAUAUAGUCCAGUACCGACACCGGAGGAUGUUAAUCGUAAUCAGGAUAUGCUCUAUCGCAAUCAAUAUGUGGUUGAACGUCACUAUGAAUUUGAGGAGGAGUGGCCGUUCUGGGUGCGCAAGCCGGACGUGGCGGAGACAUAUGACUCGUGGACUAAUAGUUAUAGGAAAACUUUACCGUUUUUGCGUUAUUUUAAUGGAACAUUCGACUUCAAGUGGCCUAUACGUGAAUUGGAGGUUUUGGUACCCAAUUUGGCGGGUAUGGAAGUAUUGAUCACAGCUACAGUUGGCGAGAAAUUCUAUGAUGAAGUGAUAUCGGGUUACGCCAUUGCUCGCAUCUAUAAUUCCAGCAUACGUGUGGCCUUUUUAGGCGAGUCUCCACAGGUUUUCAAACCAGCUAUGCCGUUCACCGCAUAUUUGGCUGUGGAAUAUCAUGAUGGUUCACCAAUUGAUGAGAACUUGCUGAGAGCAGCCGUUAUGGAUGUGACCGGGUUUGUAGAAAGCAAAAGCGGCGGUCGACGCGAUUGGCCUGCCACGCGUCUACAAAUGUCUGCCUCUAGCCCAGGCAUUUGGGCGGUGAAAGUGGAUAUACGCAACGAUUUACAACUGGAUGAUCGCCCACAGUCACGUGAUUUUCUAAAUGGUGUGGAACGUAUGCGAUUACAGGCAAGUUUUGUUGAUCCCCGUGGAGAACGUGCACAAACAGAACUUCUCAUGGUCUCACACUAUUCACCUCGGAAUCAACAUAUCAAAGUUUCUACGAGCACAGACACGCCUGUCGUUGGAGAAUAUAUCAUAUUCCACAUACGCACGAAUUUCUAUCUGGAAGACUUUAACUAUCUGAUUAUGUCGAAGGGUGUGAUCCUAAUGAAUGAUCGUGAAACAAUAACCGAGGGUAUACGCACCAUUGCGGUUGUAUUGAGCGCCGAGAUGGCGCCCAUGGCUACAAUUGUUGUUUGGAAGAUUACACUUGCCGGGCAAAUAGUUGCAGACUCGCUCACGUUCCCAGUUAACGGCAUAUCUCGUAAUAAUUUCACCGUGUACAUCAACAAUCGUAAGGCGCGAACUGGUGAAAAAGUGGAGGUGGCCAUAUUCGGUGAACCCGGUUCAUAUGUUGGCCUUUCAGGCAUCGACAGCGCUUUUUACACAAUGCAAGCCGGCAACGAGUUGACCUAUGCCAAAAUAGUUACGAAAAUGUCUUCAUUCGAUGAGCAAACCAAUGGCACUUACAAACAUGUCUGGCAUACACAUGCGGGCACACCCGAUGAGCUUGUUUACUUCCCCGCCUCCUCGUUCGGUAUUGACGCGAAUCGCACCUUUGCCUACAGCGGCCUAAUCGUAUUUACCGAUGGCUAUGUACCACGUCGUUUCGACACCUGUAAUCGCACACUCGGCUAUGGCGAAUGCCUUUCAGGACGUUGCUAUCCGCUGAAUAAGCAAUGUGACGGUUUGCUCGACUGUGACGACGGCACCGAUGAAAUCGGCUGUCGCGUGCGCAAUGACACCGAGCUUUUAAAUUAUCGCAAAUAUCGCUUUAAUCGCAUUUUGCGGCACUAUGAAAAUGUUUGGUUAUGGAAGGAUGUAAAUAUUGGUCCACAUGGUCGUUACAUCUUUAAUGUUGAGGUGCCAGAUCGGCCAGCCUACUGGAUGGUGAGCGCAUUCAGUGUAAGUCCAUCCAAAGGUUUCGGCAUGUUGAAUAAAGCAAUCGAAUAUGUGGGCGUGCAGCCGUUCUUUAUCAACGUCGAGAUGCCCGAACAUUGCAGGCAAGGCGAACAGGUUGGCAUACGUGUGACAGUCUUCAAUUACAUGACCACACCCAUUGAAGCGACUGUAGUGUUGCAUGGCAGCAAAGACUACAAGUUUGUACAUGUUGAAGAAAACGGCAUAGUGCGUUCCUACAAUCCACGCACAUCAUUUGGCGAGCACCAAUUCUUUAUCUAUUUGGAAGCACAGGGCACUACCAUAGUCUAUGUACCGGUGGUGCCGCAGAAAUUGGGCGACGUUGAUGUAACAUUGCAUGUUGCCACGCUGCUCGGCACUGAUACCAUUACACGUCGUCUUCAUGUCGAAUCGGACGGCUUGCCUCAGUACCGUCAUCAAUCCAUACUGCUUGAUCUAUCGAAUCGCGCCUAUGUGCUGGAAUAUAUGCAUGUGAACAUAACACAAACGCCGGAAAUUCCUUAUCAAGUCGACCGUUACUUUGUUUACGGCUCCAAUCGUGCACGUAUAUCGGUUGUGGGCGAUGUGGUGGGUCCGAUUUUCCCCACAAUGCCGGUAAAUGCAACCUCGCUGCUUUACUUACCAAUGGAAUCUGCGGAACAGAACGCCUUCUCGUUCGCGGCCAAUCUGUACACUAUCAUGUACAUGCGUUUGAUUAAUCAACGCAACAAAACGACGGAGAAACACGCUUUCUAUCACAUGAAUAUCGCCUAUCAGCGACAGUUGAGUUUCAUGCGUGCGGACGGUUCUUUCUCGCUUUUCCGUUCAGAUUGGAACAACUCGGCAUCUUCGGUAUGGUUAACAGCGUACUGCGUGCGCGUGUUCCAGGAAGCUUCAUUCUAUGAAUGGGAAAACUUUAUUUGGAUUGAUUCGACGAUUAUUGAUAAAAAUAUGCGCUGGCUGUUGCAACAUCAAACACCGGAAGGCGCUUUCUACGAAGUCACCUGGUUGCCCGAUCGCAAAAUGAAUCGCACGAAUUUCGCCAAUAAUACCAGCCUACAAAAUCGCAAUAUCACACUAACAUCGCAUGUGCUAAUCACAUUGGCUUCGGUUAAAGAUCUUUCUGGUUCGUUGGGGGCACGCGUUGCUCUGGCCCAACAACGCGCCAUAUCGUGGAUCGAGCGUAACAUGCAAUUUUUGGAAGACACUGAGGAACCAUAUGACGUAGCUAUAACCGCAUAUGCGUUGUUACUCUGCAAAUCACCAAUGGCCGAGCAUGUAUUUUCCAUACUGCGGCGACAUGCACGCGUGAUCGGCGAUUUCAUGUACUGGGGUAGCAAAGAGGUGCCGCAACCGCCAAAGAAAUUGGAAAAUCAAAAAUGGUUCUCACUGCCCCGCCUACCGUACGAGUUUGACGCUUUGAAUAUCGAAACGACAGCGUAUGCUUUGUUGGUUUAUGUAUCGCGGCGUGAAUUCAUAGUGGAUCCGAUCGUGCGCUGGUUGAAUGCUCAACGUCUCAACGAUGGCGGCUGGGCGUCCACACAAGAUACGAGUGCAGCUUUGCGUGCGCUGGUCGAGUACACCGUGCAUUCGCGUAUACGUGAAGUGUCAUCGUUGACUGUUGAGGUGGAGGCUUCAUCGCAAGGCGGCAAAAUACAAGCACUCCACAUCGAUGAUACAAAUUUGGCACAACUGCAGUCCAUUGAGAUACCGGAAUCUUGGGGAACAGUUAAAGUGCAAGCUAAGGGCGCCGGCUAUGCGAUAUUACAAAUGCAUGUGCAGUACAACGUGGACAUAGAGAAAUUCCAAACCAAACCGCCAGUGCCAGCCUUCGGUCUGCACACCCGCGCCAUUUUCCACGGCAGAAAUCAGUCGCACAUAUCCUACAUUGCUUGUCAAAAUUGGAUCAACACACGCGAAUCGGAACGUUCUGGCAUGGCAGUGCUGGAUGUCGCCAUUCCCACCGGCUAUUGGAUACAGCAGCAGCGACUCGAUCACUAUGUGCUGAGCAAUCGCGUGCGCAAUUUGCGACGCGCCAAAUAUUCGCAUCAGAAGGUCAUCUUCUACUUUGACUACCUCGACCAGGAAGACAUUUGCGUCAACUUCACCAUCGAACGUUGGUACCCAGUGGCGAAUAUGUCGCGCUACCUGCCCAUACGCGUCUAUGAUUAUUAUGCGCCUGAGCGCUUCAACGAGUCCAUAUUCGACGCCUUGCCUACAUAUUUGCUGAACAUCUGCGAGGUGUGCGGCAGUUCGCAAUGUCCCUACUGUUCGAUUUAUAAUAUGGGCUGGCGCGCCACAAUGUCCGUGUCACUACUGUUCUUCAGCGUAUUCAUUUAUCUGAUGCGCAGUCGAAUGCAUAUCGUUUUGAAUUGCCUACAUUUACUCACCUAGUGCGCAUAUGCCAUAUUCGAAAACAACAAAAUACCACAACAAACACUUUUGUGCCUUCUCUUUAAACUUCUUUUACUUCCAUAAUUUGAAUUCUGAAAAUUUUAGUUUAGAAACGUAUUCUUGAAAUUCUCCGUAAUCGUAUUUUUAUUUUAUUUUUUAAUGUGUUCACAAAUUACAUACAUAGAUGAGUAAAUGCAUAGUUAAGCUAGAAAAGACAGAUGUGUAAAAUAGAUUGGCUCAAUUAGCCUUAUUGUACCCUCGAAUCUAAUUUAUAUGUGAGUUACCAAGUCGAUAUAAGUUUUAUUUUUUUGAUGCAGCUUAAUUGCCAGCGCAGAGCUCAGCAAACGUAUUCCGUCCAACACUGUGGCGCCGUCUUUAAUUUUGCUACCAAUCAACUAUAUAUUAGAAACUUUUUGUUUGUGUUAGUGUAGUGCAUUUAGUCUUAAAUAUGAUUAAAACGCAUGAAAAUGAAACCAAUAAUUAUUCUAUGUUAAGUAAAAAACCCGAAAAUCUCACAUGUACAAAGCAAAAAUAGCUGAUAUUAAAUACAUAUGUAUAUCUCCAAUAGCAUUUGCAGCGAAUCUCGAUUACUGAAGUGUCUUAGCGCAUAUCAUUGAAAUGAAAAGUGUAUUUUUUGUACUAAAGUCAUAAACUGUUAAUCAAUUUUAUUCGAUUAACUGCCUUUUUAUAUUGAAGUUUGUAUUGUUGAAAACAAAAAAAAUAUGAAAUCUACAGUAGCAAUAAGUUACGUAACGUACAUAGUCUUAUAAACACAUAACUGCAUAAAACUUACAUAAUACAUACAUACAUAUUUAUGUAUAACUAAUUAAACCGACGUUAAGUUGACAUUGUAAAAAGUAUAUGUAAUUUAUAUACCAUAUACACCCACUACUACAUACAAAGAAAUGUUAAGCAAGCAAUUUGCAAACGAAAAGCUUUUAUAAGACAAGUUUUAUAAGCGAUAAUUGUAUCCGUCCUUUUUAUGUGAAAAAUCGAAUGAAGAAAUAAAAAUUGAACUUUUUUCACUAAUAUUAGAAAAAAAAUAA